AUGAACAAGGUUUUGAUAAUUAAAAUUGUCGCUUUAACUGUGGUUUUGGCGGCUUUAGCGGUUUUAUGUUACUUUUUGUUUGAAAAAGACGAUUUUAAUAAGAAAAAAGAUGAAGAAGUUGAUAAAUUUGAGGAGAACUUGUAUGAAGAUGUUAUUAAUAGGCUAAAUGUUACUGUUGAUCCUUGUGAAGAUUUUUAUGAAUAUGCUUGUGGAAACUGGGAGAAUCAGAAUCCACCACCUGAUGGAAACAGCUACUGGACUGGAGAAUCGAAGGUAUAAUGUUUUUUGAGUAAAUGUUUGACUUCUUUCUCAAAAAUCUGUGAAAAUAUGUAGUAUAUAGUUUUAGAAAGAGGUUUAAUAGGUAUAACUUUGGGUAAAACAGGAAAAAAGGUGAGGGAAAUCUUUCACCAAUUGGUUUUUAAUAUUAUCUUACAUAUCAAUAUAUUAUGCUUAAUGAAAUAGUACGAUUUUUACAGAUAGCACAGCAAAUAUCUGACAAGAUUUUGACAGCUAUGUUAGCAGUUGAUGUUGAUGAAAGUAACAGCUUAAAAAUGGCCAAAACCUUCUUUAGGACUUGUAUUGACAACAGUACUAAAGAUACUAAUUGGCUUAUUAGUCUGUUCAAUGAUGGUUAUCUAGAUGGUUUACAUAAGAAGCUGCCUUUGGACGUGUUGCAGUUUCCGUUAUUAUCUUCUGAAUUUAAAGAAGUCGGAAGUUCUGUAGCUGCACGAAUGGGUAUGACAUUUUGAUUUAUGAGUUAUUGUAAGCAGUAUAAUACUGAAAGUUGAGAUUGUUAUUAUACUGUGAAAGUCGAGAUAGUUUUAUAUAAUGUUUUUAUUCUACUGAUUAGAUAUAUACUUUCAGUUAAAUAGGUAUACCUUUUCAUUUGAUUAAGUAUAUGCUUUCAUUUAACAAGAUUUUAAGGUAUGUUUAAGUCAGUAUUAGGUGUAGAUACAUUAUUGUUUCCGUAUGUGUUGGAAAGUUCAUUGAAUUCCACUAGGAAUGUACUGUGGCUAUCUGGUGAUAUGUUGUUUCUUGGUAUGAAUAUUGAUAAUUUUCUAAACGAGGACAAAGGACGUGAGUUGAGUUGUCUGAAGUUAAAACAUACUUUCCUAACUGUCCGGUAUGUUCCCCUUUCUAGAGUAAAUUUACUCUUUCUUGCUACUUUGUCCCUGAUUUCUCUUACCAACUUCAGUCCCAACAUACGGAUUUCAGCCCUCCGCAAAAACCGAGAAAAGACGCAUUAUCUUCUUAUUCUCCCUUCAAAAAACAUUUUUAGGUAUUCAACAAGCCUACAAAGCUUUACAAAAGGAAGUUGUUGAACUAUUAGCUAAAGACUUAAAAUACGAUGUUAAGAUUGAUCAGCAGCAGUUAAAUAGCUUGUUUGAAUUUGAAAAAGAACUAGCUUUGAUAAAGUCGACUGUUCAUGAUGAAGAUACUGAAGAUGAACUGACAUUACAAGAGAUAAUCAAACAAAGCCCAGGGUUUCCAUGGGGUGAUUAUUUGAAAGAAUUGUUAGGUCAACCCGCUGUAAAACUUUUAAAAUCAGAAAAACGUAUUUUGUUCAUCGCUGGCAAAUUUGUUAAUAAAGUAAGUUUUGAAUUAUAAGGGUAGAGCAAAGCCGGGCAGGCUAGAGUAGGGUAGAACAAGGUUGGGCAGGGUAGAGUAGAGUAGAACAAGGUUGGGCAGGAUAGAGUAGGGUAGAGCAAAGUCGGGCAGUGUAGAGUAGGGUAGAACAAGGUCGGGAAGGGUAGAGUAGGGCCGGGUAAGGUGGUGCAGAGUAGAUCAAAAUUAUUCUUCAGGUUAAUGAUUUAAUCAAAAAAUCGAAGCCCGAAACAAUACAAAAUUAUUUUAUAUGGCGUUUGAUUUUACCUCAACUGCCGUACCUACCUCAACCCUAUCAAAAUGCUUAUAACAAGUUCAAAGAUGUCUUAAAUAACAUUAACAAUUCUGAAAAUACUAACACGUUUGAACUUUACAUUGUAAAUCACAGCAAUUAUGAUGGCAAACAAAAUGACAUUGUUAUUCAGCGACAAAAUCGAAUUUUAAAAGUUUUAAACUUUAAAAAUUUUGAUUUUUUAAAAAAUUCGGUUAAUGUCACAGAAGCUCAAAGUUCUUACAUUUUAACUAAUGGCAAACUAAAAAAGCCACAAAGAUCACCACAAGAAGAAGCCUGUUUAACCGUAGUCAAAGGCAACUAUGAAGUACCAAGCUUUGGAAUAGCAGUGGCAGAAGCUCUACUAAAACAUGGUUUUGAUAAAUCUUUGGUUAAAAUAACAUCAAAUUUAACAAAAAGUGUAAAAAAUGGGCUAAAACUUAUGAUUCAACAGAAUGACUGGAUGGACAAUAUCACUAAAGCUCGGGCUUUGGAAAAAUUACAAUUGGUAGAAGACUUGAUUGGCUAUCCUGAUAUUGUACUGAAUAAUACGGAGAUUGAUGAGUAUUACAAAGGUAAUAAAAAUAAAAAGUUUUAUUUACAAAACCAAUUUUAAGAUCUAAAAAUCUCAUCAACCUCGCCUUUUGGUCAUCAGAAUUUUUUGUUAAAGUCAUGGGGCUUACGACAGAAUUUAGAAUUGUUAUUGAAAGACACAUCCAGAAGGUACUUCAGAGGCUCUCCAGUGCGUACUAAUGCUUGGUACAUGGCUGAAACCAACUCGAUCACGAUACCCAUUGGAGAACUUGAUUAUCCUGCUGUUGGGACACGUAUAAUUUUUAAAACGUUUUUUUACUUGAAAAAAAUGUAAUUUAUUAUCUAUGAUGUGAUUACUUUAGCUACAAUCAUAAUAUUUUUUAAAUCUUCAAACUCAAAAAUCCAAAAACAAUUAUUGUACAUUACAGGUAACUCAUAGCAUAUUGAACUACGUGUAGUUGUAUCAUUUCCUUUAGAUCAUCCUAACUGGGCUUUAUAUGGCGGUCUUGGCGCUCUCAUUGGCCAUGAGUUAAGCCAUGGCUUCUUUGAUCCAAACGGCGCUGAAUACGAUGGCAAUGGCAAUCUUCACAACUGGUGGAGUUCUGAAUCAAAGUCAGUGACUUUAUCUGUCAAUAUCAACAUAGAGAACAAAAAAUACGAGUUAACGUUUCAAAUUUUAGACAAGAAUUCAAGAAAAAACAACAGUGUUUAAUAUCCCAAUUCAACGAUUACCAUGAUAAACAGCUGAAUGUGUCUGUCGAUGGAAAGCGAACAUUGUCGGAAAAUGCAGCUGAUUUGGCUGGUCUUAAAGUGACGUACCAAGCUUAUAAAUCAGUCAAUAAGAAUAGGAAAAUCAAAAAUUUCACCGAUGAACAGGUAAAACAACGUUAUCAUUGCAUUUUCCAAAAUUUCAAAUUUUUAAAUUCUCCGUUUAUGUUCAGUUCCUUCCAGAGUGAUAUCUUUAGACAUUAUUUAUAAAUAGGUAAUGCCAUCAUUUUUAGCUGUUCUUCCUAUCAUACCCACUCUACUUCUGUGCUUCUGAGAUGUCAGAAAGCGAACGACGUUCCGAUUUCAAACAAAGUUAUUCUCCUUUAAAGUACCGUGUGAACGGAAUCGUAAGGAAUGUCCCUGAAUUCUCAAAAGCUUUUCAAUGUUCUGAAACAUCAUACAUGAACGUAAAGGACCGAUGCGUACUGUAG